AUGGAGAAAAAACCAAUGUUUACCACAGAAUAUGACUUCUUGUUCAAGGUACUCUUGAUUGGAGAUAUCGGAGUUGGAAAGUCAUCAAUCUUUAACAGAUUCGGGAAAUCAACUUUCACUGAAGACCUCAAAUCAACCAUCGGGGUUGACUUCCUUUCGAUAAUUUUAGAUGAUGUUCCGGGGUGCAAGAGCGAGAAAUUAAUGGUACAGCUUUGGGACACUGCUGGACAAGAAAAAUUUAGAACGAUCACAAGGACAUACUUUAAAGGCGCCCAUGGCGCUAUUAUAGUCUAUGAUAUCUGUAAUAAAUCAUCCUUUAAUAGUGUCCAUGGGUGGGUUCAGGAUGUUGAUCAAUAUUCGACAUUGGGAAUCACAAAACUCUUAAUUGGAAACAAAAGUGAUGAGACUACAGGGCGACAAGUCACCUUUGAAGAGGGUCAAGAGCUAGCAAAUAUGUACAAAAUGCAGUUCAUUGAGACCUCUGCAAAGACUAAUACGAAUGUCAAGGAAGCAUUUUACACUCUGACCAAGCUGAUGAAUAGUGCCAAGGUGAGUAGCAAUGGAGGCUUUACAAGCAUCAAGCUGAAGAAAAAAUCUUUAGAGAAGGAUAGAAAGAAAAAAAGGAAGUGUUGCUAAGCCAAAUUUGCCUGGUUGGAGAC